UGUGGACCUGCUGUGGAACUGGUGUUGAACCCAGGGCAGGUUACAGGUCUGAUCACUGAACCCUGACCCUGAUCCUGCUCUUUACCACAUUUUCAUCUUCACACCAGAGGAGUGGACUUUGCGGGAUGGAUGAAGGGGAGUUGGUGGAGUAUUUUAGGACGCAGAUGAGCCAGGAUCCUGAUGUGGCCUCUGCUGUAGCUGCCAUACGUUCACUUCUGGAGUUCCUGAAGCGAGAUCAGAGUGAGACCAUCCUGGGCCUGAGAGAGAACCUGACCAAAGCCAUCGGCCGUCUUCAGGAGGCUGAUUCUUCAGUGGCUGUUUCCUCUGGAGGAGAACUCUUCUUACGAUUCAUCAGUCUUACCUCACUGGAGAAUCCCGAUCUUUCUCAGUGCAGGAAUAUGAUGAUAGAGAGAGGUGAACUCUUUCUGAAGAAAAUUUCUUUGUCCAGAGGCAAAGUGGCCAAACUCUGCCACACCUUCAUUAAAGACGGGGCUAAAAUCCUCACUCACUCCUCGUCCAGGGUUGUACUGAAAGUUCUGGAAAGUGCAGCGGCUGAUAAGAAGCGUUUUACUGUCUACGUCACUGAAUCCCAACCGGACUCUGCUGGAAAACACAUGGCAGACAAACUGAGAAAACUUAAUAUUCCUGUUACAAUAGUGCUUGAUGCAGCAGUCGGAUACAUCAUGGAGAAGGUAGACAUGGUAAUAGUUGGUGCUGAGGGGGUGGUAGAGAGUGGAGGCAUCAUUAACAAGAUUGGUACCUACCAGAUGGCUGUAUGCUCAAAGGCACACAACAAGCCUUUUUACGUGGUGGCAGAAAGCUUUAAAUUUGUGCGUCUUUACCCUCUAAAUCAGCAGGAUGUGCCUCACAGAUUUAAGUAUAAGGCAGAUACUCUGAAAACUGCAGAGGACCUCAACCAGGAGCAUCCCAUAAUCGACUACACCCCUCCCUCUCUCAUCACCCUGCUGUUCACUGACCUGGGUGUGCUGACGCCCUCCGCCGUUAGCGACGAGCUCAUCAAACUCUAUCUGUAAUGCUCUCAGCUCGCUCUUACAGAGACGCACAAUCAAAUCAAGAUCCACCUGACCUUCCUGCUCAUCUUUAAUUCUACACCUGCAGCCAUUACAGUCUUCUGGACUUAAACUGGAUCAACUGGUUUGAAUAUUCAUAUCUUUGAUUGUGAGCUUGCAUUUAUUGCAUUACUAAAAAUGUUUUCAUAACAUGGCGUCAUAUGCCUGAUUUCAUUCUCAAAAUCCCAUUUAAAAAUAAUCCAACAAAUUAACCCAGGGGAAUUAUUACCCAUCAGUACAAACCGGUAAAGCAGAACACUUUAUUUUUGUUCUGACUUACUGAAAUAAGGGAUAAAAAGCUGAUCUCAUUUACAGGACGAAGCAUGAACCCCCCCCCCCCCCCCCCCCCCUCUAUUAGAGUACACUGUGCCUUUACACAGUAUGAUUUUUAAUAUAUAAAUUACUUCAUAAAUGAAUUGUUUUGGGUGAUUUUUAAAGGCAAGCAUGAAAUUAACAGCAUAUUAUAGUUUCCGAUCAACAGUUUUGAUCAAUACAAUUAUGUAACUUUACACAACAUACACUUUUAAUAUAUACUUAUUUUGCAUUUGUAAGUUGUGUUCUAAUGUGUUCUUUAAAACAAAAUGUUCUCAAACAUUUGCUAUAGGUGUACAUUUUAAAAACUAGCAUCUUUUAAAGGAAAAGCUAAAUUAUAUUAUUUCCCCAAAUAGGCAAACAAAAAAUACCCAAAUAUUCCAUUUCUUUUUUUUUUUCUUGGUGAGGAUGUUAAAGAAAGUUUACCCAAAGCAUUUAACUUGCUGGCCUUGUGUUAAUCGUGCUUGUGUAUACUAGUGCAUCUCAAAACAAUUAGAAUAUAGUUGAAAAGUUACUUUAUUUUAGUAAUUCAAUUAAAAAUGUGAAACUGAUUAACAGCUCUGGAAGAACUCGAGACCACUUCAGUUUCUGGAUAAGUUUCUCUGUUUUGGCUAUUUCCAAAUAUACGUUAAAACGAGUAAAAUUAAAACUGACUUUGGACUUGAUAGAACAAAGUGGAUCAACACCAGCAGAUGACAUGUCUCUCCAAACCAUCACUGAUUGGUGGAAACUUCACACUAGACCUCGAGCAGUUUGGACUGUGUGUCUCUCCACUCUUCCUCCAGACUCUGAUCCCUUGAUUUACAAAUGAAAUGUAAAAUUUACUGAUGAUCAGUGAUGGUGUGGAGAGACAUGUCAUCUGCUGGUGUUGACCCACUGUGUUUUAUUAUCAAGUCCAAAGUCAGUGCAGUUUUGUUUUCCCACAAAAUAUUACAGCACUUCAUGCUUCCCUCUGCUACUGACAACUUUUAUAGAGAUGCAGAUUUCAUUUUCCAGCAGGACUUGGCACACUGCCCACACUGCCAAAAGUACCAAUUGGUCUUUUAAUUUUCUGAAACACUGUUUUUUGGGAUUUCUGUAAGCCAUAAUCAUCAACAAUAAAAUAAAUAAACAGUUUAAAAUAGAUCACUCUGUGUUUAAUACAUUUAUAUAAUAUGAGUCAACUGAAUUACUGAAAUAAGGUUAUAUUAUUUUAUGAGAUGCACUAGUAUGUGAAAUACUUUUCUUUCAAUAAAAAUAUAAAGUAGUUAAGACAGGGAAAGACUAAUGCAUGACCUCAAAGGCUUGAAAUGCACCAAUAACAUUUUUCAUGUAGUACUUUUGUUAUAAAUCAUGACAAGGACACUUAAGAUCAACUCAACUCAAAAUGUCCCAAUAUAAAGCCCUAAGAAACUCCA